UUUCUGCACGCUCCGCCGACACGGACACGGACACAGACACAGACGCAGGGAGCCCCGGCCGGCAUUACUGCAUUACUUCACCGGUCACCGCUGACAUGUACUCGGUGACAUUCCCCCGAGUGGUCCUCGCCCUCCUCCGCUGCUCCAUCGGCGCUGUCGCCCUCCCGACCCCAGGUUCACAGAUCCCUGGCAUUAAUGCAUUCAGCGCUUUCACUCCAGAUGCACUGAAGAUUGACAUUCCAGAUAAUUUUGAAAGUCUGUCCGAGACAGAUCCACUGAAAUGGCUAACUUCAGCCAGGAUAGAGGUAACAAAGCAUUUGCAGCAAAAAAUAUUGCGGCAGAAAGCCCGAAAUAUCAUUCUCUUUCUCGGAGAUGGAAUGUCAAUAUCGACCAUCACUGCAGCGCGAAUUCUCAAAGGGCAAAAAGCCGGUUUCCUCGGCGAGGAACAAAAACUUAGUUUUGAAAGCUUCCCAUUCACCGGUCUAUCCAAAACUUACUGCGUGGACAGACAAGUGGCUGACUCAGCAAGCACGGCUACAGCCUAUUUUACGGGCGUUAAGACGAAUUACGGGAUGCUGGGUGUCGGACCAGCUGUGUCCAGAGGCGACUGCAAGGGCAUGAACGAGGCCCAAAAUCGAUUGACAUCCAUCGCUACUUGGGCACAGGCGAGCGACCGGAUCGCAGGGCUCGUAACCACCACCAGGGUGACGCAUGCAUCACCUGCAGGGAUGUACGCUCACGUGGCUGACCGGGGCUGGGAGUCGGAUGCUGACGUCAUUAAGGACAAACUGGAUCCGUCCGAGUGUGAGGACAUCGCUAGCCAACUGGUAACCAAGUUACCAGGUAUGGACCUACGGGUUAUUUUAGGCGGUGGUCGGCAAGAAUUUCUGCCAAAAUCAAUGACAGACGAAGAAGGGAAAAAUGGAAACAGGAAAGACGGCAGAAAUCUUAUCGAUUUGUGGAAAUCUAUUAGAAUAGCGAACAGUCAAAAAGGGGAAUACGUUUCUGAUAAAGCAUCCUUGCUGGCAGUAUCACCCACUACUCAGUAUUUACUAGGUCUUUUUGAUUCGAGCCACAUGCCAUAUGCUGAGGAGCUUGCUACGACGGAUAAGCCCUCCUUGGCCGACAUGACGGCAGCGGCCAUAAAAGUUUUGGAUAAAAAUCCCAAAGGUUAUUUCUUGUUUGUAGAGGGAGGUAGAAUCGAUCACGGUCAUCACAAAACUAAGGCUCAGAAAGCGUUGAUCGAGACGAUCGGAUUCGCCGAGGCCAUCGAGGUUGCGCUCAAGACGACCGACCCGGAGGAAACGCUCAUCGUGGUGACGGCUGACCACGGGCACACCAUGACCAUUUCCGGGUACCCCAAGCGCGGAAACGACAUCUUGGGGGUGGCCGAGGUUUCUGACGUGGACCAGCUUACGUACACGACUCUGUCCUACGCCAACGGGCCCAGUAACAAGACUCUCCUCGGCCAGGAUAAGUGUGUCCGCUACAAUCUCACCAAUCUCGACGUCACAGGAGAUCGAAAUUUCAUGUACCCGGGGACUGUGCCUCUACAUUCGGAGACCCACGACGGCAGUGACGUGGCCGUUUACGCGACUGGACCCAGAAGUUUCAUGUUCUCCGGGAAUUACGAACAGAACUACUUGCCCGUAGCCAUGGCGUAUGCUGCGUGCAUUGGCCCGUACGAAAAAGGCUGCAUCUGAAACCACGCUGGAAACAUGCUCGAUGGAAGCACACUUCAAUGACGAUGGAAAUCCGAAUAUUAUGAUAAUAAUCAUCUGACAUAGAAACAGAACCAAAAAAACAAUGGUGUGCGUUCUUCGGCGUUCCUUCCUCAGCUUCUCCCCUUAAGAAGCCUUAUUAUACGGUUUACAUCGUAUAACUGACGGCAUUAGCGGAUCCAUCAAAUUGUCAACAUUCUUUUUCUCCAUUUGAACUAUUGAAAUGUAUCGAUUACUCACUCGAGGGUCCAGGUGCUCCGACAAGAAUCGAUUAUUUAACACAGGUUUAAGUGAAGGAACUCCGGUGUUGCCAAAUUGCUGGAUCCGCUUCUGACCGACGGCGGUUUAAGGAGAUUCUUGACAUAUUAUCAUAAAAGGAAAAUUCUGGCAAAACUUGAGUGAAAUUCAGGCGUACAACUUAGAAAAUGAAUCCUCAAGAGGAAUUACAAUGAUAAGCCAUUGGAAAAAAUACAAAAUGCAGAGGAAAAUAUACUGCGAGCUUCGAAAAUUUCCAGGUAAAUUCAUGCCUGCCUUAAAGUUAGUCAAAAUUAAAUAAUUCAACUUCCUCCGUAUUUAGUAUUUUUUGAAAUAGAAAGUCGUCGUAAUUCCUCUUAAGGAUCCAUUUUCCGAGUUUCACAACUGAAUUUCACACGAGGUUUACAAAAAUUGUCCAUUUUUUGAUGGUAUAUAAAGGAUCUCUUUAAACCUUCCUAAAGCGGAAUGUAACUCAAUAUGAUCAUUUCUACAGCAAAAUACUGUGCGAGGAACGACCAUUGGCGGAUCCAGUAUAUUGCCAACGUUUUUUCUCCAUUUAAACGAAUGGAAAUGUAUCGAUUUUUCGAAGGGGCCAGGUGCUUAUUGUUAGACAAGAAUCGAUUAUUUAACAUAGGUGUAAGUGGAGGAAAUCCUAUGCACACUAUAAAGUGACAGACUGAAAAUUAUUGUGCCAAGUAAGAUAAAGAAACUUGCACCACGAAGUUAGGACUGAAUUUUCUAUAAAAUGUUUCUAUUUAGUGCAAAAUUUCUAAAUUGUUUAUUCAUUUUGGCAAUGUAAAACGUGUCCUAUAUUUUUGGUUACGUAAACUACGCAGUGCUCCACAGAUUUCCGAUUUUUUUAACAAUAAGUGUCACAAACAUUGAUUGAAUACGUUCAGCGAAUUUCAAUUCCUUAAAAUCGCACGAUGAGGACCUACCAUCCUGCAUCUGCUAAUUUUAACUCCCGAAAUAGUCAACCUAAAAAUUAUCUUGUAGCGAAAAUCACUUAUGAUAAAUGUAUCAUAUUUUGAUAAGGGAGGUUCGCAACAUCCACAACACCCAAUGAAAUACUUUUUCGGCGUCAAAUUGAAUAUUGUCGUUGAAAACGUAAGUGUACCUGAUUUUUUUUUCUUCGACUGUGAAAAAAAUGACGUUAAAAAUAAAGAUUUUAUUUCGUGUUA